GCUGCACACAUACUAUUUGCUAUGGAAUGCAAAAACUUUGCAGAUCAAUAUCUCAAAAUCAUUCAGAUUCCAGUUCCAGAUUACACAAUGCCCCAGAUUUACCAUAAACUUUUUAGUGAAACUGUUAGCUUCUGCUAAUGUUCGGGGGAAAGAAUAAAAAUGUAAUUUGACAUUUUAUGUGAACUAUUACGACACCUGCUUAGAUUUGAUAAUUAAAAUCAGAAUUUUCUGUCACGAUUUUAACUCAGCAGCAAUAUUUGCUUGUCAAAAGAACAUGUAGUCCACACGUCUCCAUUAAUUAAAAAAAGUCAUUUGACUCUGGGAUAACCUUGUACUGCUUGUUGUGUUUAUUGAGUGUUUUCACGUUGCUGUAGUAACGCCUUUUGAAGGCAGGUAGUCGCCCGUUCCAUGAAUGGGUAAAGCCAAAGCAAGAGCUAGUUUAAUUUGAUAACUUUAAGAUAAGUUCCUCAAUAUUUAGUCUCUUCUUUUGGUUACGUUUUUACCUCUCUGAGUUAGGUUUUUUAAAGCGACAUCGCGCUUGUGGAAAUGCAGUUGAAACGAUUUUGUUUGUUUUUCGAUAUUCAGCGCAUGGGAUUGAUCUGAAAUGUAUGUUUACAUCUAACGUUAAGGGCUUUAUUUACACCGCCUCAGAUUUAAUUACAUAUUUUAUUCCCCUAACGUUACUGCCUAAAUCUUUCAUUCGGCUAUAUUUUCUAUAAGCCUGAAUCUGUUUGUUGAUUAUGUGACGACGUCUCCAGAGAUCAACACGUGCUAGCAUGAGCAAGAAAAUGACUGAACACGAAUACUCCAUUGACAGGCAUCACCCCGCAUCUCCAGCUGAGGAAACCACAUCACAGACUAAUGUCAUUCUUGUCCCACAGCUGGAAGCAGAGUUCAGCCGAGCAGCCAUGAUCAUCCAGAGAGCUUGGAGAAAACAUGUUGAUACUGCUGUUUUCAAGCACCUCAAGAAGCUUCUGAGCUUCCAUAAUCAAGGGGAUCCACGUCUCCUCCUUAGAUUUAUUAACCCUGCUGAGGCUAAUAUUCUGGAUGCUGCUUCAGGGGCUCUUAUCAGAUUCCGAUUGGGUGGGCCCACCUAUCCUCCAGAUAUCUACUUUAAAAUAUACACUCGAGCUCCUGUGGUGGACAUGUGUGCCUUCAGUCCAAAAGAUUACACACUGCAGAAGAAACUGGUUUCAAACCAGAUCCAUAAUGGCCGACUGCUGAGGGAUAAUGAGGACAAUAAUGCUGGGUGGUACCAAAGGGUGGAGAACAAUGGCUGGAGGAUUUUGUCUAGCAAGUUUUCCACGUCUGAAGACCCAAUCUUCAAACUAACUGAAGAUACCAAGAAGACAGAAUUCCAUCACUGCAAAAUCCGCCGGCAGCAAGAUGUUGCUAGAAAAAAGAAGAUGCGGAAAAUUGAAUGGAUGAGGAAAAUGUAUGCGGAAGGCCGUACAGGACACAGUAAAACAGCACAACAACUUCAGAAUUCCCCAGAGACAUUGUUGGAUUCAUUUGAAACUUCCGACUUUGAGCAGGAAGUGGAUGAGCUGCUAGCGUGGACCAGAGCUCUUGAUUUUGAUGACUAUAUCAAUGAAUGGAGGAAUUUGGGCACCAGCAGAUGUUACAUAGUUGACAAAGAUGAUCUUUCUGUGGAUGUUCAGCGAGACUUUGGUAUAUGUGAGAUUUCUCCGCUCAGACAGGAUGAGAGUCGACAUCUAGAUCUCAUCUGAGAGUUUUUACUCAUUUGCUUUAUUAAUUUGAAUAAAUCAAAAAGUUCUGAAUCAU